AUGAGCGUGUUCCAGCCCAUAAAUGGUCCGUUGAAGGACGAAGGCGACAUCAAAAUCGUCGACGCAACAGCUGAAGCGUUCAAAGAAUUUCUGCGCUUCUUCUACUACAACGAGGUCGAUGUUCGCAUGGAACAUGUGUCGGGGUCAUGUAUCUCGGCCGAAAAUCAGACUGUGAUUACUGCUCUUGGCCUGGCCAUCUUUUAUGAAGAGAAGCAGCUGCAGAAAUCGUGCGAAUCAUUCAUUGCAGCCAAUUUGCAUAAAGUUUUGAAAUCUGAGAAUUUUCUCGUUUGUGAUCGCCGGGUGCUGGAGCACAUUCUGAAAAUGGAUUGUCUUGCGUGUUCCGAAACGGUACUGUUUGAAGCAUUGAACACACUCCACGUGUACAAACACAAGAUUAAUAAAAUUUCAUUUUCCUUCAACCAUCCCUUUCCAGCUUCUAUACCGGCACUACUUUGCCCCGUUGGUGGAUUCAUCUGUAGCUGUACGUUAGACAAAUUCGGACGAAAACGAACUUUGUAUCUCGUAAAUCUAAUCGCCAUAACGUCUUGGCUCAUUCUCACAUUCGCAAGCACCUCCGACAGAGAUGUAAUGUUUGCGCAGAUAAUUGCAGCGCGUAUCAUCAUUGGCAUAUCGACUGGAUUUUCCACUGGUCCAUCGAGUGUCUACACAGCCGAAAUCGCCCAUCCAAAAAUUAGAGGGCGAUUAGUGGUGCUCGGCUCCUGUUCGAUAGCAACUGGUAUCAUGUUGAUUUAUAUGCUCGGGUUUUUCAUACCAACAAAUUGGCGGCUGAUAAGUGGCAUUGCGUGUGGAAUUUCUGUAGCCGCCACGAUCUUACUGUCAUUCAUACCUGAAUCUCCGAAUUGGUUGGCGUCGAAGGGUCGCAUCGACGAAGCCGAAAAAUCUCUUAGACUGUUCAAGGGGCUGCCGCGCGUGGGAAGCUUCACAAAUCCGGAGCUGAGCAACGAGAUCACACACCUCCAACACCAGAGUCGUACGCGAAAUGAACAGAACGAAACUGUUAUGGACAAACUGACCAGACCGGAAGUGUACAAGCCAAUGGGUAUCAUGAUCGGAUUUUUUGCGUUCCAACAGUUUUGCGGGAUCUUCAUCGUCAUCGUGUAUGCGGUGUCAUUUUCGCAAGCAGCCGGCGUUAAUUUGGAUCCUUUCUUGUGUGCGGUUCUGAUUGGUGCUACCCGUCUCGUUGCCACCUUUGGCAUUAUGUUCGUGUUGGAUUCGGUGGGUCGACGCAUUCCCACUAUGUUAUCCGGCUUUUCCAUGGCUGUUUGCAUGUUCAGUUUGAUGAUUUACACGAAGUACUACGCGGACACACUGACAUGGAUUCCAGUCACGUUAAUCUUAUUAUUUGUCCUGUGCAGUACUAUCGGUUUACUAACGAUCCCGUUUACGCUACUGGGCGAAAUGUAUCCAGCUAACGCACGCGGACUGGCAUCCGGUAUAACAUUAAGCGUUGCAUUUACCUUGACGUUUGUUGUUGUAAAACUCUAUCCCACAUUUAUUGAUGCGUUUGGCCACAACAAUUUGUUUUUGUUCUUCGGUGUAAUGUCCUUGUUGAGCAUGGUCUACGUUUAUUUCCUGGUACCAGAGACCAAGGGUAAGACUUUGAAGGAAAUCGGAGAAAUGUUUCGCAAGAAGUCAAUUGUUGACGUUAAAGAGGGCUACUUAAGGGUAGACGUUGAAAACUAGAUUGGAGUGAGAUGAUAGGAUUGAGUUUCUCGCAAUUUCGAGAAAAUGAAGAAGUCACAUUUUCCAAAGCUGUUAACUUUGGGGAGGUCACGCAGAUACGUGAGUGACGUAUCAUAGUUGACGAUAAAAUGGUGGAUUUCAUACAAAAAUUCACCUCCU